AUGGUGCACUUUAUAUCCAUUGGCCAGCUGAUCAACAGCAUUUUCCACUUUACAAACAAAAACACUGCUGGAAGUGCUGCAGCUGCCGCCUCGACUGUUCAGGCCGCAGCGACAUCCAGUGCUGUUCUCGCUGCCAUAUCUACAUCCACAUCCACGACAGCUGCUGCAGCUGCCACUUCUUCCACCGCUGCCCAAGCUAUCUCCGGUUGCCAGGCUCUGAUUCAAGCUUUAUCCUUCCCUGGCCAACAGGUUUCUGUUGUUGAUUGCGAAGAUAUUACCGCGGGAACCGCCCUCACACUCCCAAAUGGACCUUCCAACUGCCAUGGCGGUUCAGUACAGAUCGAUCUCCGCAGAGUCACCUUGAACGUCGUCACCUCUUACGCUUCCUCCGAUUAUGUCGAGGUUUGGCUUCCAACCGGACAAAGUGCCUGGAACGGCAGGUUCAUGGCGACCGAUAACAAAGGUCUCUCAGGUUGCCCUUCUUAUGACGACAUGAUUUACACUUCAAGCCUUGGAUUCAGUGUCGUAGGUGACAAUGGUGGUCACAACAACACCCAAUACCUUGGAAUGGAUGCUCAACAGUUCUUGAACAACAAUGAGUUGGUUGUCGAUUGGUCUUACAGAGCUCGCCACGCUGCUGUCGUGGCCGGAAAGCAGGUCAUCAAGACAAACUACGGUCAAGCUGCGAGCUACAACUACAUGAUCGGUUGCUCCAAUGGUGGUCGCCAAGCUCUCCAGUCAGCUCAGAUGUACCCUGAAGACUUCGACGGCAUCAUCGCAGGCUCUGCUGCUAGUGAUUUCAACCACCACAUGGAUUGGUCUGGCAGAAUGUUUGUACUCACUGGUGCAGACGAGAGUGACCCGAAGUACUUGACCUAUGACGACUGGGUCAUUGUCCACAAUGAAGUCUUGAAACAGUGUGAUGAGCCUCUUGAUGGUGUUGCUGAUGGCAUCAUCGAAGACUCAACCAUCUGCGACUUCAAUGCCACUAAAUUGACCUGCGUCGAUGGCCAAACCGACAACUGCCUUACCUUCCAGCAGACAUCGACCGUCUGGAACGUCUUCUCUCAGCUGUACGACCAAGACGGAAACCUGUACUAUCCUCGUCUAACUCCUGGUGCCGAGCUCUACUCAUCUACCAAUGGCGUCCUGCACGGCGUCCAAGGCCAUGUCAAGGACUGGUUCGGCGCAGGUGUCUGGAAUGAUUCCUCGUGGGAUCCUUCCACUCUUUCUCAGACAGAUUACACAAAGGCCGAUGAAACGAAUGUGCUUCACGGCAACGUUUCAUCUUUCAACAGCGACCUCAGCGCCUUCCACGCUGCUGGAAAGAAAUUGAUCAUGUACCAUGGCCUUAUGGAUCCCGCUAUCACGGCAGAAAAUUCUCAGCGUUACUAUCUGAAUGUUGCUCGAGACAUGGGUCUUGACCACGCUGGUCUUGAUGAGUUCCUUCGCUUCUUCCGCAUCAGUGGUAUGUACCACUGCACCGGCGGAAUCGGUGCCUGGGCCUUUGGUCAAAAUGGCAACGCACAGAAUGGUACAUCAAAUGUGGUUUGGGAUAUCGUCAACUGGGUCGAGAAGGGCGAGGCACCAGAUACCAUGACUGGUACCAAGUUCGUCAACGAUGAUCCCACUCAGGGCGUGCAGAUGGAGAGACAUCACUGCAGAUUCCCUUACCGCACUACUUACAAGGGCUCCGGAGACAGCAACGAUGCAGAUAACUGGAGCUGUGAGAUGAUCGAUGACUGGCAANAAUGCGGCGUAUACAAUGUGCCCAGACUAUGCUAG